UCAUUUCAUUUUAUUUCCUGUUAUACUUUGAAAGUUUUACAUUUAAUUUUAAAAUGCUUAACUUCAUAUUUUAGGAUAUAUAUCUUUAGAAUUUUUAAUAAAUGUUUAGAGUUAAUUUACAUCCAUAUUAUUCCCCUAAGAAUAUAACUCAACAUGUCUUUAGUUUUCUUUUCUCCAGAUCACAAUUUCAUGGUCCUUAUGUAUGGAAUUUCAGUUCUAACUUUUUUGGGCAUUUGACUGAGGGAAAGAGAUAGGACUAUAGUGUGUGCUUGGAAAUUAUAAAUCAUAUUGUUGAAAUUAUAAAUAAUAUUUGAUAUCAUAUGUGAAGUAAGUCUAAUUGUAAGGCUUUUAUUAUGGAAAAUUGGUAAGUGGUCUUGUCAGACACUGAUGUAGGGAACCAAGAUAUGUUCCCUUUUUUCUUUCUUUCUUCUUUUUUUUAUUUUCCUUUUUGUCAUUGCUGUAAUUUCCCCACCACUGUCUCCUGAGGAAGAUGGAAGAUUGUUUAAGAUGCAUUUGUGAAGAUCUUUUGGGGAUUAUUUGAAUUUAAAAUAAAUGUGACAUAAGAGUAGAAAUUUCUAGGAUAAGAUGAAUAUAGAAUGAGCUAGGAGAUAUAUUUGUGAUUCAUCAGUCUACAGAGUUUAGUUAAAGUCAUGAGAGUAGAUAUAACCACUGAAGAAAAAGAAGAGAGCCAAAUUAAGAAUCCUCAAAAAUAUCAAUAUAUACCCUGAAAUGGGACAUAGCAAGGUGAACUAAGUAGUUAACUUCAAGAGGUAAACUGGGGAAAAAAAGAGAAACUGGAUUUCUAACAGCCAAAGCUCAUUGAGAAAUGCAUCAGUUUAGGAAAUAAGAGUGCCCAUUGAUUUAAUACUAAAAGGUGUAACUUCUGACUUUAUUGAGAGCACAUAAAGGGAACUGAAGUCAAAAUGCCUGGGGUUGAGGGGUGCAGAAAGAGUGUUUAUAGGAGUAUAGACCCUCUCACAGAUGUUUGCCAUUAAUGGAAGGCCAUGAGUUAGGAAAAAGCUACAAGAAGAGGCAGGGUUAAAGGAAAAUAGAGAAACAAUUUAGGGAGAGAAACAGAUUUAAGGACAGCUUUAGAAAAGUUUCCAAGACAAGGGAUGACUAUGGCAUAGAUAUUAGAAUGUAUGUGUGUGCUGGGAGGGAACAUGGAAGCCUGUGUGCUGGGGGCUGGGGAAGAAGGAGGCAGGCUGCUUUAGACAGCAUCAUGCAAAUGUGUCGAAAGAUUAAGUAAUCUUUCUAAUCAGUUUUUAGGUUCCAGAGUUCAAAGUGGGAUCCUGAACUAUGUCAACAUUCCCUAACCAGGCAGCCCCCAAUAACACUUCAAUGGCCCCCACCUUCUUGUUGGUGGGCAUGCCAGGUCUGUCAGCUGUACCCUCCUGGUGGACAAUACCACUCAUCACCGUCUACCUUUUCUCUGCCCUGGGCAAUGGCACUAUCCUCUGGAUCAUUGCCCUGGAUCCCACCCUGCACCGCCCAAUGUAUUUCUUCCUCUUCGUGCUUAGUGUGUCUGAUGUUGGCUUGGCCACAGCCCUGAUGCCCACCCUGCUGAGUCUUGCCUUUGCUGGAAUUCAUACAGUCCCUGCUUCGGUUUGCCUCUUACAGAUGUUCUUUGUCCACGUCUUUUCUGUCAUGGAGUCGUCUGUAUUGCUCGCCAUGGCCUUAGAUCGAGCACUAGCCAUCUGCCGGCCUCUCCACUACCCAACUCUCAUCACCAAUGAUGUCAUUAGCAAGAUUGGCCUGGCUAUUGCUUUCCGAUGCCUGGGUCUCCAUCUGCCCCUGCCAUUCCUCCUGGCCCACAUGCCCUACUGCUGCCCACAGGUCCUGACACAUUCUUACUGCUUGCACCCAGAUAUAGCCCAUUUGGCCUGCCCUGGAGCUCGGGGUGCAGUCUAUAGCCUCUUCGUGGUUCUGUCAGCCAUGGGAUUAGACCCUCUGCUUAUUUUUUUCUCCUAUGGCCUAAUUGGCAGGGUGUUGCAAGGUUUGGGGUCCAGUGAGGAUCGCUGGAAGGCUGGCCAAAUUUGUGCUGCCCACCUCUCUGCUGUCCUCCUCUUCUACAUGCCCAUGAUCCUUCUUGCCCUCAUUGACUGUCUUAGAGUGCCAAUACCUCAGCCUGCCCAUACUCUUCUCUCCUAUGUCCACUUCCUGCUUCCUCCACUGAUAAACCCCAUUCUCUACAGUGUCAAGAUGAAGGAGGUUAGAGAAAGAAUACUCAAGAGACUACAGCCCAGGAAGGUGGGUUGUGCUCAAUGACAGGGAUGCCCCUCCACCUUUGGAGGCUCAUGGAAACAAAGGUUUCCAUGACUAAGAACUCAGUUCAGCAUGCAUGAAAUGGUCACUUGGGCACACACAAGCACAUAUAUGUGGAUGUAUCUGCCUGUCCUUGAAAGUGUGCAUGUGCCUGUGAAGGAAAGUUUACAAGCUCCAGAGAAUGGCAGCGGUCUACCCACUGUUACACUACAGAUCAUGGCAUAGAACAUCCAAGAUAUAGGUCAUAUCACAACCACCCAAGUGUGUGUCUGUUAUUGCUUUGUUUUUGUUAAUUUCCCCACCACAGCUAUAUCCUAAUACCGGAGGAAACUGGAAGAGUUAAACAGCUGCACAGCAGAGAAAUGAGAAGACAGAAACCUUCUAUGGCAUUCUACGUGUGUGUGUGUGUUUGUACAUUGCUUUACAGAUCUUUUUAUGGAUUUUGAUAUAUAUGUGUCAUGUAUAUAAUCACAUAUCACUGACCUAUUAGCGUAGCCUCAUAGUCUGACUUGUUAAUAUGUGGUAUAAAGUGAUCCCCCUCUCAAAAGACAAAUAGCAGCUUUGGAAUUCUAACAAGAAUUACAUUAUUUUUAUAGAUUAAGUGUAAGUCAACAUUUAUGAUGAUAAGCUGUCACA